GGGGCGGCGCCGGAGGCGCCGCCAGAGGGGCCGAGCGCCGACACGAGAAAUCCGCGCGGAGCUCCAACAGUCUGUGUGCCUGCCGUGUCUUGUUCUUCCAGCCUCCCCUCCUGCGCACUCGCCCGGCCGAGGGCGGCACCGAAGGCGGUCCCCUCCGUUCUCCCUCUCCCGCUCGUGCGUGACAAGAUUCGUGUCCACAUCCCUCUGCGUCUCGGGCUUGCCGGGGAGGGGCGCAAGCGGCCGGGGCGAGGGGAAUAUGGUAUGGGUACCAAUCCAGCUUCUAAGGACCAGAUGUUUGUCCAUAUCCACUGCGCCUCUGGCUUCUGCGGAAGGGGCCGAAACUCCAAGACGCUCACACGCAUAUUGUCUGACCAGCUUCGUUACCCAGCAUCCCCAUCGCCAUCUGAGGGCUGCGGCUCUACCCGCGAGCUUUCAGAAUGCUAGCCCCAGGACCAGAAAAGGAGGGCCCUCCCCUCUCUCAGGGACAGCAGCAGCAGCGCUCCCGGCGGAGGAAGAUUGAUCAAUCUUCCUGUUAGGUUUUGUGACCCCCAGCUAGCGUUUUUAGUGUUGGUUUCCUGCCAUGGUGUUCUGAUUCGCGGGAUGUCGAGAGACGCGGCUCCGGCCAUCUUGGGCCGCUCAGGCAUUUUUCGAUUCCUGGCCCCAUGGAUUUUUACAGCUCUUGGUCCAGCACGAGGGGCCGUUCUCUGGGACGCGUUCGGCGACUCGCUCCAGUCCGCUCCGCUCCCCCCGUGGCCUUGGCGAGGCUGGCGGCGGAGUGCGGGCUGGUCCACGCCGCGGCGCAGGCACGUGGCACCACGGGCGCCGGCGCCGCCUGGGCGCCGGGCGGAGCUGACGGGCGCGCUCUGGAGACCCUGCGCCUCUGCCGGCCCACUUUCGGCUACGCGGAGGGCUGCCCAGGUUCGGCGGAGCGGUGGCUGACCUCCUACGGCAAGGGCGGGCCGCAGCAACUGAAGUGUGACGACGCCAUCCUUUCGCGCGGUUUGGUGGCCGUCGACUUCCAGGAGCUGCCGCUGGCCCUGCCAGAGCACCUGCGCCCGCACCCACGCGUCACGCACCUCUCGGACCACUGGGCAGUGCGCGCCACGCUGAGGCCUGGGUGACCCAGCGGCGGCGGGCAACGCGCCUGACGGCGGGGGGCGUCGGGCAAAACCACGCUGGCCUUGCUCUCAUCUUUCGACCGCCCGCUCCUCCUGCCUCCGUGCUCCUCCCUCCUCCGUCCUCCUGCUCUUCUUUCC